AGAAAAUCAUACGAGACACAUAUUGGCAGCUGCUGCGCUUACUCUCACACAACAAGGGUUUUACUUUAAACUGCUAAGCUUCUCAAAUAAGGUAACUUGGCAGAUCAUUCAUACUCAUUUUUGCAGAAUUUUGUAAUCUGGAACAGAAUUUGGGUUUCUUGCUUGAGAAUAACGUAACUAUAAGUCUAUACUUGUGGUAGCAGUACCUUUGAUUUGCUAAUUGCUAUGGAUUUUGGGGGGCAGCGAGGAGGUGCAAGACAUAAGUGUGAUCGUUUCAGGGAGCAUUCUCCGUGGAGUAUGAUGGCGUACCAGCAUGAGGUUAAGGAGCAGACGGCUUUGAUUAUGAACAGAAAUCUUGUGAACAUGAUAGCUGAGAGAGAUGCUGCAAUUGAGGAAAUGAAGAGAGCUUUGCUUGAAAAGAAAAGGGCCUUUGAAGAGAGAGAAAUAGCGAUUUCACAGAGAAAUUUUGCAUAUAGGGAGCGCGAUGAAGCUAUAAUGGAAAGAAACAAUGCCUAUGCUCUUCAAAAUUGUAUAUUAAGUUCAGGAGUUGAAUGUGAUAACAAUUAUGUCCCGCAAGAAAUCAAUGCUUUAUCUGAAAGUAAUAAUAAGUCGCCUCAGCCAAAGAAGACCAAGGAAAGGAAGCCGAGGGAGAAACGAACUUGUGAUGAGUUGAAGGUGAAGAAAGAGUGGGAUGGUAAAAAAAUGGGGUUGAACCGAGUUGAUUAUGAUGACUCUGUAAUGCCAAGUCCUGGAUGCUCAUGUACAGGGGUAUUUCGACAGUGUUACAAGUGGGGGAACGGGGGUUGGCAGUCAGCUUGUUGCACGACCACGGUGUCAGUUUAUCCUCUGCCACCUGUCCCUAACAAAAGGUAUGCUCGUAUAGGUGGUCGGAAAAUGAGCGCAAGUGCCUUCUCUAAGUUGCUGAGUGAGCUGGCUAUGGAGGGUUUUGAUUUAUCUGUACCUGUGGACUUAAAGAACCGCUGGUCCAAACAUGGUACCAAUCGUUACAUUACAAUCAAAUAGAGAUUAGAGAAAGGCUGAUGAAGUAAUUACAUUACAUAGGCGGUAUUUCAGAUAGAAGUGUGUACAAAUCAGUGCAGUGAUCCUUUAUGCUUGAUACUGGAUACUAUUAUUAAGUAUAAACUGACUUGUUGUUGGCCUUGUAAUGUGGUAGUUUUGCAGGCAAAUGAAAAUUAGUGAGUGGAUGGUGCAAUCUCAGCAAGCAAGUUUUCAAUGUUUCGAAACUGAACUUGUUUGUGCAAAGCAAGCUCUGAUCGUAUAUGCCUAGAUGCAUGCGGCAGCGAACACUUCCCUUAAUGUAUGGGGGUACAUGAUGUGAUUCUCAUUCUUCCAUGAAUGGUAAUGAUUGAAAGCUAGAAAGAAACCAAAUUUUAAGCAUUUGGUGUUGGUUGUGUUUGGGUUUAUCCCAUAAACAUAUGUUACGAGCCUGGUCAAUUACAGUUUGAACAGACCCUUUUUUUGUCACAUAUAUUAACUCGGUUUCAUAAUGUUCUAUUCA